UUUGAUAUCCUCCAUGGCCUGUGCAGUGUAAAAAUAUAUUUUUAUUUUUUAGAUUCAGUAGAUUGCCUGCCAUGUCCUGAGGACUAUUGGUCAAAUGCAAAUGGUACAUCAUGUGUACCAAAAGUGAUUGAAUUUCUCUCCCAUGAUGCGAUGGGAAUGACCUUAACUGUCAUAGCUGUAAUAGGAGCCUUUUUGACCAUCACUGUGCUGGUGAUUUUUCUGUACAACAAAGGAACCCCUAUAGUCCGUGUGAAUAACUCUGAACUCAGUUUCUUCAUCUUGUUAUCACUGACUCUUUGUUUUCUGUGUGCUUUGAUAUUUAUCGGGGAACCCACAUCCUGGUCUUGUAUGCUUCGGCACACUGCAUUCAGCAUCACCUUCUCGCUUUGCAUCUCUUGCAUCUUGGGAAAGACUUUAGUGGUGCUGGCUGCUUUCACAGCGACCCGACCUGGAAACAAUAUAAUGAAAUGGUUGGGCCCUACACAGCAGAGAAUCAUCAUUUUCUGCUGCACUCUCGUUCAGGUGCUCAUAUGUACAGUCUGGCUUGUAGUAUCCCCACCAUUUCCCUAUAGAAACACUAAAUAUCAACAGUCCAAGAUCAUUCUGGAUUGCAGUGUGGGCUCUGAUCUGGCUUUUUGGUGUGUGCUGGGAUAUAUCGGUCUUUUAGCUUGUGUCUGCUUUUUUCUGGCUUUUCUGGCCCGGAAAUUACCAGGUAAUUUUAAUGAGGCCAAAUACAUCACCUUUAGCAUGAUUAUAUUUUGCGCAGUAUGGCUAGCUUUUGUACCUGCAUAUGUCAGCCAGCCUGGUAAGUUUACAACUGCUGUGGAGAUUUUUGCUAUACUAGCUUCUAGUUUUGGCCUGCUUCUUUGUUUAUUUGCCCCCAAAUGUUACAUUAUUUUAAUGAAGCCAGAGAAAAACACCAAGCAGCAUCUCAUGGGAAAAGUUAUAACAUGAUGAAUAAUAUAAAUAGCACAGUUUGUCUAUUAUGGUAUGCUAUGUUUAUUCUGAAGGGAUAUUUUUAACAUAAAAAUGUAAGAAAAAGAAAAGGUCUGUAUGCAUUCUUGUGCACCAAAACAACAUUUUAUACAUCUCAUAAUGCAAACACAAAUGUCCCUUCUUUCUAAGGAUUACAGCUCUUAGGUUGUACUACUGUUGUAAAAAGAAUACAUUAAUAAAAUAUAUUUGUGAAAAUGA